AUGUAUACAGGCUUGACCAAAGCAGGUCCAUUUCCAAUGUUCAGUGCUGUGGAGAAACACUCCCUCCACUACAUGUAUACAGGCUUGACCAAAGCAGGUCCAUUUCCAAUGUUCAGUGCUGUGGGUGAGUCUGAUUACAUUCAGAUUGUUCGCUACAGUAAUGAAAAACAAGUCUGGAUAAGAGACAAUCUGACUGUAGACGACUGGAACAAAGCUCCUGCAGAACUGCCUGAAACUAGAGAAGAGUUCUUAAAUUAUCUAUAUGAUCUGUCACGCUGCCUACCAUCUGCAGAGUGUUCUGAGUUACAUGUACUCCAGAGAAUAAGUGGCUGUAAGCUGGAAAAACUUCCUAAUGGAACAGUAAAGAGUCUGAAGGCCUUUGAUGAAGUUGCAUAUGAUGGAAUGGAUUUUAUUACCUUAAAGUAUGACCUUCUUCCAUGGAUGGAUAAAGUCACAAAAACCAAAAUGGAUCAUCAAACUGGACGAAACCCAUUCCUCAGAGAUUUCCUCAGAAACUGCUCUAAGUGGAUCUCCACAUUUAACAACACAUUUAAGACUCCACCAGAUGUUCAUGUGUUUGUGAAGAAAGCUCCUGAUGAUCAAAGCAAGCUGGUUCUGAGCUGUCUGGCCACUGGUUUCUACCCCAGAGAUGUUGAGAUGAACAUCAGAUUGGACGAAACUGUUCUUGAGAACCAAACAUCAUCUGGAAUCAGACCAAAUGCUGAUGAAACCUUUCAGAUGAGAUCCAGUGUGGAGACUGAUGCAAAUCACAAAGGAUCUUAUGACUGUCUGGUCGUUCACAGCAGUCUGACUCAGACACGACCGGUUUUAACAGUGUGGACUAUAUAUCAACAAACAUUUAGUGAAUCUUUAUGGUCUGUUAUAGCAGGAAUAGCAGCAGCUGUAGUUAUAUUUCUCCCUGUGAUUGCUUGCUGCAUCUACCAUUAG